AUGGUUUUUCAGUGGUUUUACUACAAUGAUCGUGAAAAUAAUCCUGCGCUGCAAUUGAAUCACUGUAAACAGAGCGGAACAAACGGUGUGACAAACAAAAGAACGAAAAAAAUUGACCAUAAUAUACUCAAAAACAUUAUAAAAAUGGAGCGAACAUACGAUUUUCCAGAGCGUAUCUAUACUGAGUUGACAGAACAUGUAGACGACAAUGAGGAGCCGUACCCACAAUUAACACAAUUAGAAAUUUUACCUAGCCAUUACUGUCCCAAAUGCCGUCAAGAAUACGAUACCAACGAUUAUUCUGUUGAGAUGGUGCACUGUGAUAUGUGCACACGAUGGCUGCACAGAGAGUGCGAGAAUAUCACUCGGGAGGUGUACAUCAGGCUCGAAUCGCUGCCUCGCUAUGAAUGCACGCUGUGCAAAGAAUGGAAAUUAAUCUACGAAAAAUGCAAAAUUCAAAUACUGAAAAGUAACAGAAAAAGGAACAUAAAGAUUGGAAAAGCUCUAUUUAUCGACUCUGCAUUUGGAAAUCUCCAUGAAAAUGCAGGCACGGCAUACUCAUCAGACUUUCCAACAAUCUCAUCGGAUAAACUGCCAUCGUUUCUACCAGGUGAUGAACCGAACGAAGGAAAUACCGCAGAAGGUUCUCAAAUGAUUGGAGAUGGUGAGAAAUGCUUCGGUUGCAGGAAAAUAGGGGCCACUGUUAAGUGUGUAUUUUGCAAGAAGAACUAUUUCCAUAUUCGAUGUUUGAAGACUGUGCUGGUAUGUGAUUUAACCGUGCCCACAUGUUUUAAACACAGGAUUACGUAUCAAUUCCCAUAUGUUGGCAUUAAUACGGGAUUGAGGUACAAUAACUACGUUUAUUACAGCGAAGAGUGGUACGGCGUGAUCAUUAACGAGGAUUUUUUGGAACGACGAGGAGAUUACCUAUAUCUGAAUGAUGAGAUAGUAAGAACCAGCAUGCUGUGUAAGAUGUAUGGAAAGGAGUCUGGUGUAGGAGACAUGUCCUUAGAACAGCUGUUUGGAUUAGAUAGAAGAGUAUACACGUACUUUAUGGAGAAAUGUAGAAAUAGACCUGGUAUACUUACGAGCGAUCUUUUCGAUGCCAAUAUAGAAGAAAUGAAACGCUUCUUAAACGAAAAACUGGAAUAUUCAUCCGAUAUCAUAUCAUGUUCUUCGUCAAACGCAAUUAAAAUGAAUCCAACUCUGACUCACCUCGUCACACAUCUCAGACACGGUCGUCCACGGUUGUCUAAGAGUGCAGUGGAAGGUUAUGGUCUGUUUAGCACUCGUUUGUACGACAAAGAUGAGCCUAUAAUAGAAUACACGGGAGAGUUAAUCGGCGAUGAGGAGGCCGAUAGGAGAGAAAGAGUCUAUCAAGACAGAAUUUAUAUGUUUAGAAAGAAUAGUAAGAUUAUCCUUGAUGCUACGGUGGUGGGAAACCUUGCCAAGUACAUAAAUCAUAGCUGUGAGCCGAAUUGCUACGCAACGAAGGUGAUUUGUGGCACCGCAUCGCGUAUAAUUAUCUGCGCUAAGAGAAUAAUAACAAAGAAUGAAGAGCUUUCGUAUGAUUACAACCUUAGCAAAGGGGCAGUACGCUUUGAGUGCAGGUGCAAUUCAUCGAACUGUAGACGAACUUUUGAUUAA